GCCGAUCCUUGAAGCACUUUUACUGUGCAUGAGAUCCUUGGAAACUAAUGCUUGGCAAAUGGCAAUGGACAAACUUUGAGAUCUCCUAGGCACAUGAAUAUACUAAAGCCAAUAAGAAACUGCCGAGGUAGCUAAUUGUCUAUGGAUUAAAAGUACAGGUGCAGCAUUCAAUGAAUAUAAGAGAUAUUGCAACUCUACUUUGACCAAUGGAGUGUCCAUGUCUCUGAAGGCCUAUAAAACUACCUUUCCUUUGUUCUGCUUUCUCCUUCCAUUUCUGUUAGUUAAAUGACAGACAUACCUAAAAGCAGGGCUAAACAGUUAGUUAUGCAGCCGUUAAACUGUAUAAGCUUCUUGCUUGGGCUGGCCAUCCUCUCGGCCACCCUUGGCCCCUUCGUCGCCAUUGCACAUAGAGAAUUACUGUCAGUUACCGGCAGCAAGGGAGGAGCAGAGAUCAAGCUGGAACUCAGCGUUGACAAGAUCAGGACAGAUGAGGAAGUCAGAAGCAAUGUAUUGACAGGUCGAAGGAUGGCUUUUGGAAAUGCAGUCAUGGAGCAGAAGGAAACAAAGAAUUCUGGAAGCAGAACAAGCUCAGGAGAGAAUAAGAAUUACUCAACUAAUUCACAUGUGCCGUCAAACAUAAAGGAUAGUAGUAGCUCCGGGAUGCAGGCAGGACCAUCCAGGAACAGAGUAAAAUUAGAAGGAAGCACAUCAGUGACAGCACUGAGCAAUCCAAAUCCUCAACAUCUAAGAACAUUGCCAUCGAAGCACCUCAGGAAUUCAAAUUCAGGCUCCAAAAAUGAACUGAGGGAUUCAGUAGUUCACAGAACCUUAUAUAAGGAGAAAAUGCUAGAGGCCAGUGAUGAAGUUCUAAAAUUUCUUAACAAGGAUUACCAUGCCUCUCCCCAUAAGAGGAAACCUGUUCACAACUGAGAAGGGACAAGAUGCUUAUGCCAAAUCCUAGUCUUGUAGCCUAACUUAAUGCUCUAAUGAUGAGCCAGUAUGAUAUACUGCUGUUUUACUUCAUCAUGUGUAACCCGUUCAUGCUUAUCUACGACGGUUUUCUCCAGUGCGCCACAUACUAUAUGAAGCUAUCAAAAUCUUGAAACUCAGCCUUAAGAGAUAUAAAGGCAUAGUCAAGCCCACA